GUUUCACAGGCGGCAGAGUUUCCAAGCUCUCGGGAGCCUACAGUUGGUUCGCGCUUGGCGCAGCGUACCGUCGCACAAGAAGCUUUGGGCACUUCCCCGAGCGAGGAUGCCGCCUUGAAGGACCUCGUUCAAGCAACGUUGCGCUUUGUCUACGCCCGGGCCGCAGAUGUGGCCUCUAGGCAUGCAGCACUGGCAACCAGUUCGCCCGUGGUCAGCAACUCCCCCUGGGCACGAACAGAGGAG